AUGCGGGUUGUGGUUCAGGGAUUAACUUCGGAGGCUGGCGUAGGUAUGGCUGGAGAGGCCAAUGUCAACAAGUCUUUCGGGAAAGUUGUGGGAGACGUGCUGUACAAGCCAAGGAAAGAGAGGGGCCUUUGGCAAGUGGCCACAUCGGGCCGGCUGGUUCUGGUCUUCAGUGUUGAGGCGCAGAUUCAGUCCGCUCUAUCAGGUGUCGAGGAUGACGACUUCCUGUGCUUCCUGGACACUCACUUCGAGCUCACACGGUUUAAGGCGGAUCGGAAGAAGAUCACGGCACUCUUUGCCAAGUGGCUGGAGUUGGAAGGUCGGGAGGCUGAUCAAGCAGUCUAUCUUGAAGCUUUGGCCAAGGACUUCAACAUGUCCUUGCCGUAUUUGUCUUACCUUUGCAGAAGUAGUCCUUCGAGUGUUCGGCGGACCAUGAUGACAAUGUUCCCCACCGUGCCGAGCGAUGAUCAAUCCCGGUACCUGGCUAUGCUCUGCUUCCCGAAGCUGCAUGACUUCUACACCUGCUAUCACAGCAUGGAGUCGCUGCUCAUCUUCAACCCGCAGAAUGCCACCGGACCACCUGCCAAUGCGGAGGCCCUGAGCGACGAGCUGUGGGAGGAUUUGAUGGUCACCAUGUACUACUCAGAGGCACGGCCGCAGGACAAGAUCAAGGUCCUUCGCAGCAUCUCCCACCUCAUCUUUAUCACCUGCAUGCACAUGCGCCAGAUGGUGGGAUAUUUCAAGGAUCCGGUGGCAGAAGACCCGGACAAGGAUCCAUCCGAACGCGAAGAUCCUUUCCUUGCGAGGGAGGAGGCCUUUGUCACAUUCUACUUGCGUAUCAUAGACAUGCACAACUCCAAGCAGUUCCUUGUCCGAUUCGAGAAACAGGAAGAGCUUUCCCGACUCCGGACCAGAUUGGGAUACUGCGCAGCCUUUCCGUUCAUCCAGCCCGAGAACACCAAGUUCGUGCUCAAUUUGAAGUAUCACGACCAGCGACUCUGCGUGUCCAUGAUCGUAGACCUCGCGCUACGCGAGAAAUACGGCAACAUCCGCGACUAUUCUUUGACGAACGAGGACGGCACCACGGACCCGAUGACCAUGGGCGUUCCGAGAAGUUGGGCAGACCUGGCGAAGCUGCCCUCCUCAGGCAUCUUCCGCUGCCGAUACGUCUGCUCGCCCGAAGAUCGGCAAGUGGAGUUCCGCAAGAAGCUGGCCCAAACUUACGGCUACAUGGCCGGGAACUUCUCGCCGUCAGAUGUCUCCUGGUGGACGGGCCUCAAGGAGGCCGGUGAUGACGUCUUGGAUCUGCUCGAGUUCUUCAUCAGCAGGUACAACCACGUCGACGAGGCCUUCCGAGACAUCGAUGGAGGUGUGAAGGAAGGCGAAAAUGCGGGCAACACCACAAGCAACGGAGAGCUCACAUUGCGAGAGUUCGAGGCGGGCUUGAAAGAUAUCGGCUGCUUCAAGUUCAAGGGGCCGAACGAGAAGGAACGGAUCGGUGGAGUCUUCCGGUAUUUGGAUCCAGGAGGCGAAGGCAAUGUUUCUCUGCAGGAGUGGCAGAUCUUGGACCAGCUCUGGAAAGAGCACCUCGGAUUUUCGAAGAUUUGA